AUGGAAGAAUUGGCUGAGUUCCGGAACCAAGCCCGAGUGGAGGUGUCGGCAAAACCUGACAAGCUGGCCGAGACUAAUUUCCGAAGUCGUCUGAAAGAGUUAAUUCCUCGCGAGAAGCCUCCUCGCGGGCCGAGAUACUCACAAUAUACGCCACUCAAUACAAGCAGAUCGGCCGUCCUAGAGCAAGCACUUGCCUUAGAGGUGCUAGCAGUCCCAAAACGAGCUUCGACCCCUCCCAGGGCUGAUAGAACAAAGUCUUGCAGGUACCAUCGUAAUCGAGGGCAUUCCACAGAGGAAUGCGUGGCUUUGAAAGACAAAAUUGAAGACUUAAUCAAGCAGGGGAAACUGCACGGCUUCAUAGACCGUCCGACCUCAUCCCGACACGCCGACCGGUCUCGACGGCAUGAUCAGCCCGAGCAGAGGAGAACGAGAACACACUCAUACAAUGAACGUAGUUGGUCGAGAGAUAGGCGAGAGGAAGAGCCUUCAGCGCAACCUCGGCGAGUCAUCAACACCAUAGCCGGUGGAUUCGCUGGCGGGGGCUCAUCCUCAUCGGCCCAACGAAGACACCUGCGAGCCGUUCGGCACGUGCAUGCAGUGGAAACAGCUCGUCGCCGCCUUCCCACCAUCACUUUCACCGAGGCCGACUUCAAAGGCAUCGACCCGGACCAAGAUGAUCCGAUGGUAAUCAGUGUUGAAAUUCACAACUGUAUUGUACGUAAAACAUUGGUUGAGCAGGGAAGUUUAGCCGACAUCCUGUAUUGGAACACGUUCAAGCAGUUGGGUAUUCCAGAAUCCGAGCUAGUUCCUUAUGAUGAACCUCUGGUUGGGUUCUCAGGCGAACGAGUCAAGACAAAGGGAUAUAUCAAGUUGUCAACCCGGUUUGGGUUUGAAGGAGCCGAAUAUCGUGACAUCUCGGUCAAAUAUGUGGUAGUUCAUGCCAGCACAUCUUAUAAUAUUCUGCUCGGCCGGCCAUCCCUGAAUCGGCUUGGGGCGGUUGUAUCCACCCCUCAUUUAGCCAUGAAGUUCCCAGCCGAGUCAGGACGAGUCAUCACGGUCCAUGCUGAUCAGAAGACUGCGCGAGAAUGCUACUUUGCCAGCUUGCGAUUACCAAGAGUGAAGAACGAAGCGCCUAAGGAGCCGAGAGACAUUCACUCGGUGUCACAGCAAUCGGCCAUAGACCUCGACCCUCGAAUCGAUCAAGAAGAGAGGGUAGAACCUAUUGAAGAGAAGUAA